GCAAAAGAAAUGGAAUCAAAAAAGGGUUCUGAAGAGGUUUCGUGUGUCUUUGAAAGGGGGACACUGUGCAACUUUUGGGUGGCUCCUAAAUUUUGCAAAGGUUUAGACAAAGUAGAACUAGAUGAGGUGUGCUCUUUCCAUGGCUUGGUUUUCGCUGCUCCGGCGCCAUUUCCGCCAUUUAUUGUAGCUGCUGAUGUUGCCUAUGCGUUCUUUCACUAUGGUGAUAAUAUAGGUUCCAGUUGUGGUUUUUCAUUUGUUAUUAAAGAAAAUAAUCUAGAGCCUGAGCUAAAGUGGAUUAUUGCUUGGAAAAAUGGACCAUGCAAUGACAACAAGGUCUAUACAAAUAUCCUUCCUCUUUCAGAUGUCGUUGAUUGGGAUCAAAUCAAAUGCAAUUUGGAGUCGGAGAAUUGUGGACCCAAAAGUUGCUGCGACCUAUCGGGAAUAAAAGCUGAGGCUUUUAUCGAGCCGGGUGUUAAGACAACUAUGAAGGCAAAACUGAUAAAACAAUAAUUUAGAUUAUGUUGUGAUGGGGCUGUCAUUUGUCAACACUAGCGUGGAAUUUAUAUUGUGUUGUUAAUUUGCACUAGUAUUAAAAUAAAGUGACAUCCAUUAAUAAAGAUUGCUACUACUAUCGUCUAAUGUGUCAUCAGUUUGACAGUUUGUAGUUUGAAUAAAUGGUAUCGUUUGUGAGAAA